UGUGGGAGAGAUUAUUGCUGGUUUUAAGGAGCUGAGCGCCACUCCCAUCUGCAGAAAGUUGGCGACGUCUCUGAGAAGCCCUUGGUUCUGCCUGGACCUCCGGCAUCAUGGUUUCCCAUUUCACGGGGUCUCUCAGUGUCCUGGCUUCCCUCCUGCUGCUCGGAUUCCAGCUCAUCUGCCCACAGGCCUCCACUGAACAUAGGAAGGUCCCGCAGCGGACGGCGGCGGCCCAGGGCGCCCCCGAGGACGGCGGCGGCGGCGCCCCGGGCGUGUGGGGCGCCUGGGGCCCCUGGUCGGCCUGCUCGCGCAGCUGCAGCGGCGGCGUGAUGGAGCAGACGCGGCCCUGCCUGCCCGGCUCCUACCGCGCGCGCGGCGCCCCGAGGCCCGGCGCCCCCGCGCGCGCCUUCGCGGGCCACGUCGUGUCGGCCGUGCGCACGUCCGUGCCGCUGCACCGGAGCCGCGACGAGCCGCGCGCCCUGGCCGGCCCCGGCGCCGGCCGCCAGACGCCGCCCGUGCUGCGGGGCAGCCGGCACCCGCAGGCCCGGAGCCGCGAACCUGCCGCUGACAGAAGGAGCAAGACCCGAGGUCCCAUCGGCCCCGGCAAGUAUGGCUAUGGUAAGGCUCCGUAUAUCUUACCACUGCAGACGGACACCGCACAUAUGCCACAGAGGCUUCGGAGACAGAAGCCCUCCUCCCGGCAUUCCAGGUCCCAAGGGGAAUCUGCUCCUAGGCUUGACUACAGCCCACCAGCCCACCGGGUCCCCCAACAUGGGCCUUUGUACCAAAGUGACAGUGGCCCCCAUUCUGGACUGCAGGCCUCUGAGGCCUCCAUCUACCAGCUGCCUUUGACCCAUGACCAAGGCUUCCCUGCAGCUUCAAGUCUCUUCCAGAGCCCGGAAACAAGCAACAACCACGGUGUGGGGGCCCGCAGGGCAGCUCAGAGCUUCUCCCAGCCUCCCCGAUCCACAGCAAUCUCGUGCAUUGGGGCCUAUCGGCAGUACAAGCUGUGCAACACCAACGUAUGUCCAGAAAGCAGUAGAAGUAUCCGGGAGGUUCAGUGUGCAUCCUACAACAACAAGCCGUUCAUGGGCCGGUUUUAUGAGUGGGAACCAUUUGCAGAAGUCAAGGGCAAUCGCAAGUGUGAGCUGAACUGCCAGGCAAUGGGCUACCGCUUCUACGUGCGGCAAGCUGAGAAGGUCAUCGAUGGCACCCCCUGCGACCAGAACGGCACGGCCAUCUGUGUGUCUGGGCAGUGCAAGAGCAUUGGCUGUGACGACUACCUAGGCUCCGACAAAGUCGUGGACAAAUGCGGGGUGUGUGGAGGUGACAACACUGGCUGUCAGGUCGUGUCAGGUGUGUUUAAGCAUGCCCUCACCAGCCUGGGCUACCACCGUGUUGUGGAGAUUCCCCAAGGAGCCACAAAAAUCAACAUCACUGAGAUGUACAAGAGCAACAACUAUUUGGCCUUGCGGAGUCGUUCUGGCCGCUCCAUCAUCAAUGGGAACUGGGCAAUCGAUCGUCCUGGAAAAUACGAGGGUGGAGGGACGAUGUUCACCUACAAGCGUCCAAAUGAGAUUUCGAGCACUGCUGGAGAGUCCUUUUUGGCCGAAGGUCCCACCAAUGAGAUCUUGGAUGUCUAUAUGAUACACCAGCAGCCUAACCCAGGAGUCCACUACGAGUACGUCAUCAUGGGGAACAAUGCCAUCAGCCCACAGGUGCUGCCCCACAGGAGACCAGGGGAACCCUUCAAUGGCCAACUGGUGCCCGAAGGGAGGGGCCCGGAAGAGAGAGAGGAGAAGGAGAGGAACGAGGAGAAGGAAGGCUUGCGUGGGAAGGCACCCGAAAUAUUCACCCCCGAGGCGGCGCAGACCUUCCCCGUCAGGCACCCAGAUAGAUUGUCUCCCCACCGACCAGACAACUUGGUGCCACCAGCGCCACACCCGCCACGGCGAAGCCGGGACCACAACUGGAAGCAGCUGGGGACGACAGAAUGCUCCACAACCUGUGGGAAAGGAGCUCAGUACCCUAUUUUUCGCUGCGUGCACAGAAACACUCACGAAGAGGUUCCCGAGAGCUACUGUGACUCGAGCAUGAAGCCGACCCCCGAGGAGGAGCCCUGCAACAUCUUCCCGUGCCCCGCCUUCUGGGACAUCGGGGAGUGGUCCGAGUGCAGUAAGACCUGCGGUCUGGGCAUGCAGCACCGCCAGGUUCUGUGCCGCCAGGUGUAUGCCAACCGCAGCCUGACGGUGCAGCCCUACCGCUGCCAGCACCUGGAGAAGCCCGAGACCACCAGCACCUGCCAGCUCAAGAUCUGCAGCGAGUGGCAGAUCCGGACGGACUGGACCUCGUGCUCGGUGCCCUGUGGAGUGGGACAGAGAACCCGCGACGUGAAGUGUGUGAGCAACAUCGGGGACGUGGUUGACGAUGAGGAAUGCAACAUGAAGCUCCGGCCGAAUGACAUUGAGAACUGCGACAUGGGCCCCUGUGCGAAGAGCUGGUUCCUCACCGAGUGGAGCGAAAGGUGCUCCACGGAGUGUGGGGCCGGAGUGCGGACGCGCUCGGUGGUGUGCAUGACCAACCACGUCAGCAGCCUGCCCCUGGAGGGCUGCGGGAACAACCGGCCGGCGGAGGCCACCCCGUGUGACAACGGGCCCUGCACGGGCAAGGUGGAGUGGUUUGCCGGGAGCUGGAGUCAGUGUUCCAUCGAGUGUGGGAGUGGGACGCAACAGCGGGAGGUGAUUUGUGUCAGGAAGAACGCAGACACCUUUGAAGUGCUAGACCCCUACGAAUGCUCUUUCCUGGAGAAGCCCGCCAGCCAGCAAUCCUGCCACCUCAAGCCCUGCGGAGCCAAAUGGUUUAACACAGAAUGGAGCAUGUGCUCCAAGAGCUGCCAGGGCGGCUUCCGGGUGCGGGAAGUGCGGUGUGUGUCUGAUGACAUGACCCUAAGUAAUCUCUGCAACCUUCAGUUGAAACCAGAAGAGAGGGAAUCUUGUAACCCUCAGGACUGUGUCCCUGAAGUUGAUGAGAACUGCAAGGACAAGUACUACAACUGCAACGUGGUGGUCCAAGCGCGGCUCUGUGUCUACAACUACUACAAGACCGCCUGCUGUGCCUCCUGCACCCGUGUGGCCAACAGGCAUGGGGGCUUCCUGGGGAGCAGAUAACACCCCCGCACCCCCAUCAGAAGGGCAGCAUCACCGUGUGCCUGGCUGGCUGCCGCUCCACCAGGGCCCCCCGGCCCGGGACGCUGCCAGCCAACUUAGUCACCACGCCCGCCUUCGGUGAAGUGCGUGUACCACGUGGUACCAAGGAGCUUUGUGCACAGGAUGUUUGAAAGCCACAGUUGGGCCUUUAAGCAUCGCCAUGUACUCAUGACCCCUCCUUGAGACCUAGCACCUGCUAAUGGUGCUCUCUGUAAACCAGCCGUGCAAAGUGCACGUAGCUCUCAGCCCAACUCCCGUCCCGGCACUUUCUAAGUCAGCAGACGGGCCCCCGACCGAGUGCUGCCUCUAGUCUCUGGCGCUGCUGGGUUUUCCAAAAUCAGCACCCCUUGGAGAGUCUGAGGAGGCAGCACCCCGGUCCCAGCACCCCACUAAGCCUUGCUGAGACACGUGCGUCCCUCUGUUACCUCAGCCCGGCUGUGCCUAUGGUCAUUCUCCAAGACGUUAGACUGUUGUCCUGCCUUAUGACACAGAUAUCUCACGUUAACUUAAUACUUUAUCGUUUAGCAGGUGUAUUCACAGCAUUAGCUCAUUAGUGGCUCACAAUGUCCCAGAAUGGGCGGCGGAUGGUGAAUCUUAUCCCCAUUUUACUGACCAGGAAACUGAGGCCCAACUUAGGUAACUGACCUGCCAGGAAUACUCACCCAUUCAAGGGCAAAGCCGAGUCUGUAACCCAAUCAUCCGACACACAACCUUCUCCCCACGGCACCUCUGCCGGGGCCUGUCCAGAGCCACGAGUGUGGACAAUGCGGCUUCGUCUCUGACCGGGAGGCUGAGCAGUCUCCCAGAAUGCAGACAGAGCCCGCGCCUUUGAGUUCUUUCCUCCGACCGAAAGUCAGGUCUUCAUCCCCAGCGCUUAGCUGUCUCAGACUGUUUCUAUCUUCUCUUCUUGGCAAAGCGAUAGAUGCUAGUUGCAGGACUCUGCAGGUUUUGUUAAACUCCAUCCUUAACAGAACUGCCCCAUGAGAGAAGAAAGUCACUGGGGAAGCCAGGCGAUUGCCUGAUGCGGAUUCCAUUCCAAGUGCUGUUCCUCCGUGAAAUCAUAGCCGGGGUCCCUCUGGCCACAGAGCCUGUCCUGUGGCAGAGCAGACGCCUGCUGCACACGGCUCUGCGCUCGGGCUCUGGCCCUCCCUCGGCUGGCUCUCCUGCUCUUCCCCAAGCCCAGGGGGAAGUCCAGCCAGUCUGUCCUGGCAAAGACCCUAUGUCGUAUUAGAAAGAAUCUCCCUUUGGUCUUUCUGGUUGCAAUCAUGGAUUUCUCUCUCUGUCCUCCCCGACACAGCCCUCACCCGUACCCCAGCCCAGGCCUGAGCACCGAGAGCUGCAUUAGUGCUGCUGGCUGGAAGAAGGGGCUGUGGACCCCUCCCCAUCUUGCCCAGUUCACUGCACCCAACCCUACAGUUCCAGGGGCCGCAGGCCUGCAGGGGGGAUGCAGUGCCUAUCGAUUGCCAGGGGGACCAUCCAGCUGAGAGGAAGGUAUAUAUCUCAUCCAUUAAGAAAAAUAUCAAGCUAAACAAAUCGUAAAUUUAUAGAAAAUUUCUCUUAUUUAUGGUCCUGGGCAUAAAGCAAGUGUGGAUUCUUAGCAACUAAAUUUCUCCCAUUAGCUCUUUGACUUGGAAAUCUACCCAUUUGAUGAUCAUUUGCAGCUUUCGGAAGCCACAUCACAGGCCCAGUCGGACCCACUCCGUUAGGUUUCCGCUAACAUUGGGCUUUCAGAAAUUGUGUGGCCUUUCUGUGGGCGCCCGCCCAGCCUCUGUCCCUGGAGAGCCCCAGGCCCCUCUCGCCCGCCCAGCUCUCACGGGACUCCCACAGGUAAGAGCCCGGCCGAGGCUCGGACUCCCGGGCUGGCCAGGCAGGAGGAGACCAGAGAGCCGGGCACACUGGUGGGUGCUGCUCAUCGCCCGAUUCUCUCCCUUGCUGCUUGUCACUUGUCACAAGGGGAGUGCCGCUGCCAUGGGAUCUUGCUGAGCUGGCCAAACAUUGGAGGGAACACUUGGAGAGGGCUUCUUUUCACGCUGGAAGGCAGGACGAGAUCCAUGGGUGGAAGAGAAAGGCUGAUUUUAGCCCAGGGUAGGGGAACAUGUUCUAGGUGCCCAGCAGGCCUGGGCCGCCACACACCAGGGAACUCGGUGUCCUUAACGAGAUGUCUCUGUCGAGUGGGAGGUAACAUCCCGGCCCUUCCACCGCAGGACUCCUCAUGACUGGGCCGGGUCAGUGAUGGCUUUGAAUCUUUAAUGUCUAAAGUGUCCUGUGGCUCCUGGAUGUCACCUAACAGUUCUUUAAAAGGACAACGACACUCCCAGCCUGCCCAUUGUGCAGUUGGGUAGCAGCAAUGGAUCAACCCCGUGUCUUCGGGGGAAAAUUACCUGAACCAGAGGUCUCUUUUUUUCUUCCAACAAACAGUUGAGCAUCCUUGAUCUCUGGAAAGGUUAUUGAUUACUAGAACAGGGGUUUUAUCAACUUAUUUGUCUUAGUGACCCAAUUAUUUGCUAAUUUCCUAGUGUGUUAUUUCAGCAGAAUGCCUUUCUCCCUAGCACAGCGCAAUCAGGGCUUUGGGUGUUUCCAGCGAUAACUUUCCUGGCGAGGGAGGCUGAGAAAAGCCCACCUUCCGGUGGCCCUGUCCCUCCAGAUACGUCUCUGUCUCCCUCCAGCUCCCAUUCUCCCACCUGCCAUCUCCUUCCUGGGCCUCUCACGUGCCCACAGGUGGAACUGAAAUCGACAUUUGAACGCCGCUUUUGCCCCCUUUUACUGGCUUGCCUCACUCCCUGCACUGAAUUUUAAAAACAGGUAAAUUAAAGCUGUUAUGUGUUUUUCUCACAAAAAUCAAAGAUCCUAACAAAAAUAGUUUGCUUUUUUACUUACUGGAGAAGGAAAUCGUGCCUCUUGCAGUCUCAACAAGGGCCAUUUAAAAAACAAAAGAACCCUGGAAAACGGCCCCUACAGGGAGCCAGUUCAGUGUGAGGAAGGCUUGCUCCGUGCCCUCUCCCUGCACGGGGACCCCGAGAUGACCAGGGCAGCCUGACCCACCCUCGGGGAGCUGCAGGGUGACAGACGCUCUCAGAACUGCCCCCAUCUGUCCCUCUGCCUAACCCCUCUGGCCCAGGUUCUUUGGGGUUUGCUUUUCCUUCAAUUCCUUAUCUGUCAUCUACUUAUUCUCAAGGUGUUUAGCUUUCCACACUCUUCCCUUAAAAACAGUGGCCUUACAAAGGGAUUCUAAAACAUGAGAGACACCAGCUUAAUGAAUUUUCAUCAAGUUUGCGGCAGAGACAGCAAUCCAGGUAUUACUAGCACCUUUCUAAACCACCGUCUUUUUUUCUCGUUAAUGGAGCCGUUUUAGAGUUGGAAUAUCAAUUUUCUAAUGAGGAAGAAGACAUAAAUGUGAGGCGUCAAAAGAAACAUGACUUCCCUUAAGAUAGGCUGAAUAAUCUACGUCAGCCUGGCAGGUGACCAACAUUUGAUCUUUGUCACAUAAAGCAUAUUUAAUGUGGCUUGGACGGGAAAACAGAUGCCGCACCAGUAAAACUGGUGGAUGCUGUGGAGUCAGGGGAGCUUAUGGCCUGGUGACAGGCUCUGGAUGGAGAAAGGUCAAGGAGACUAGAAUAAAAUCUGGACCUUAGAAAUUCACCAGGAAGCAACAUGAAAUCCUACCCUUGAACUAAGAAGAAAAACUGUACAAGUUGAGGGAGAUGUAAGAAUUACAGGUGGCUAAGCUCAAUGUGAGUCCAAAAAUAGGAUGGAACCACCAACAAACAAACAAAACCCACAAACAUUUAGGCCACGUAAGGAUUAAACAUUGGGGAGAGUCCCACCACAUUUUGUUUGUGAUUGUCGGAACCACGCUUUAAGCAUAUCGGUCAUGUGUAACACUCCGAUGAGAGUGCCCAGCCCUGGUGGAGGGUGUGGACUGCUAGAAACAGUGGGAAGACCUUCCUGAGAAUGGCAGCCUGGCGAUGAGCCGUGGGGCACUAUGGCAGCUGUGCCAGGACCCGGAGGGGGAAGCUACAGGGAGGCAGAUUUCAGCUCCUGCAGAAGAACCAACUUUCUACAAGUUGGAGCCUUCUGAAGGUAGAGGGACUCUGUGCCAGGCAGUGACGGACCCGUCACUGCAGGUGGCAGCAGAGACUGAAUGGCCAUUUGUCAGGGGUGCUGGGAGGAGAUUCCAGCAUCUGUUUAGGGUCCUUUCCAACGCGUGGCUUUCCUGAUUCUGCAAGUAGAAGAGCUGAACGUGAUUCAUCUGGUCUGGCGCAAGUACACAGUACAAACUUCCCAUUUCUGACUUUUGCCACCGUGUCAGCCAUGGUGAACCCAUUGCUGUACCCUCUCCUGAGCCGAAUGUGGCCUCAUCUCUCCGAGACCCACUAGUGACUUGGUCAGAGCUGCCCUGGCUGGUCCUGCUUUGAGUAAUCAAACGGGGACAUUGAGUCGCCCGCCCAGAGUCUUGCACCACGAAGGAGACAGAGCUUCGACAGCCUAGGACCCCUUUAAGUACCCUCUCUCUCUCAGCUCAUCUUGCUGCCCCCAACCUUCCCUGGAACCAAAUGAUUCUCUCCACCCUGAACCAUCCCCUAUUCCUGGUCCUAUUCAGUGGGUGACCAUGGGAGAUGUCCAUAGCGCUGAGGAAAAGUGACCACAAGAGGGUGGAAACUUCCAGCCACCUUUCUCAGCAGCUCCAGAUGCUGAGCCCUCAGCCUCGGUGGGAGGGACGCCCCCCCCCAGCACCAACUACUCCCACCUGCCCUGGCCCCUCCCCCAUUCAGCCGACAGAAGGAUAUACUUUGUUAUAACUUAUUAUGUUGUUCUUUGUAAAUACAAGAUGUUUAUAGGAAAUAUGUAUUCUGAACUCUAUCUGCAGAAUGAGUCACAACACCAAAAUAGUUCUAUUAUUUAGAAUGUGUUAAUUUUAAAGGGAUCUAAUAGGUAUUUAUUUACAUAUGCGAUCCACAUUUGUAUAAAAUUAUUUGAUCAUACUAAUCCAGCUUCCCGAAACGUCACCGCACGGUAACGUCACAUUAACUAAGUCCAUAGCUGCGAUUGUGUAGUACGUACUGCUUAGCCCAACUCCGUGGUGUUUAAGAUGGAAUAGAAAUUCCUCUGCUUUUUGACUCAUUCGGGGGCUUUCACCCCCGGCAUCGUACCUGAACCGGAUUGCCACUUUUCCAUCUUAAAUAUUACAUUUCCUCAUGUAAUCUGCCUUCUCCUCAUCCCCAAACAUUUGGAGAUGGGAAUUUGAGGGUCUUCUUUAUCCCUUGUCUUUGGAACGGCCAGCACCGACUGCUCAGGAGGUGUGGUUAGAGCUGGGGACACGGCAGUGUGCCUGGAGGGGUUAGGGAGGGGCUUCCAGGGAUGUGGUGGCUUUCACCAUUCUGAUUCCUCCACGGUCCCCACUGGGGACUGUUGGGGCAGGGGCCCGGGUUGGCCUGUGAACUGCACAGCCAGGAGCAAGGAUCCCACUAAAUGCUCCGUCAACUCCAUGUCACCCUCAUAGUGUUAAAUUAUUAUGUAAGCAGGUGAAGGGUAGAAGGUGAAUCAUAUGAGUGAAUACAGUCUGUUUUCUCUUCAGCAAAAAUGACAACUAUUUUUGUGUGUGACUAAUUUAUUUUUAUUAUUGUAAAAAAUACAAUAAAGCGGUUGAACUAUC